AUGUUCAAAAACUCAUACCAGAAUGGAUUGCUGUCCAUAUUUUAUAGUUGCGGGGCCAACCCUCUGGCGAUAUGGGACAUGGAAGUGAAAAAUGGACACAUAAAGCGACUAACUGACAGUGAAGUAAAUUCCAUAGUCCUUGAAAUCGUUAGUACGAAUGUUGCAACUACGUAUAUAACAUGCCCGAAAAACAAUCAAGUUUUAGGCAUCAAACUGCCCUUCUUAGUUAUGAUCGUCAAAAACUUAAAACGCUAUUUUUCAUUCGAAAUCAUGAUACUUGACGACAAGAAUAUGAGAAGGCGUUUCAGAAUCUCUAAUUUUCAAUCUACGACCAAAAUCAAACCUUUUUGUACAAGCAUGCCUAUUGGCCUAGCAGGAGGUUGGAAUCAAAUACAAUUUAAUCUAGCUGAUUUUACAAGAAGAGCGUAUGGAACACAAUUUAUAGAAACUUUGAGAGUACAAGUACAUGCUAAUGCAAGAUUAAGAAGAAUUUAUUUUAGCGAGAGACUUUACACUGAAGAAGAACUACCUCAGGAUUACAAACUUUACUUGCCCUUGGAGCGAAAACAGAAGAAGGGGAAAGUCAAAAAAGGGGAAGAAGCAGCUACUUCGGCUGAGGGCGGUGCGCCAGGUGAGCCUGUAGCUCCAGUCGAAGCUAAGCAAUCCGCAACAAAGAAGAGUGAAGUUGCCCCAACACCACCGAGCGCCCCACCUGAGAAGGUGGAGCCUGAGGCGCCUCCUGAGCCAGAGCCAGCUGCAGCAGAAGCUCCUGCCGAAGAACCAGCAGCCGAGGAACCUAAGGCUGAAGAAGCUGAAGGUGAAAAGCCAGCAGAAGAGGCCAAGGAGGCUGAGGGCGAGGCGCCUGAAGAAGCCGCUGAAGGUGGCCCGCCCGCCGAGACUACUGAGAGUGCCCCUGAAGCUGAGGGCCCCAAGGAAACUGAGGGUAGCGAAACUGCAACAGUGGAACCCACGACUGAAGAAGGUGGAGAAGAUGAUGAAGAAGCGGAUGCAGAGGGAGAUUAA